AUGAUUUAUAAAAGACAUUUUUUUCUGUUAUUUUUCUUUUGUUUAAUUCAUUCCUAUUUAUCAUUGUGUACUCCAUCAUCACAGCAAUGUGGAUGUUCACAAGUAAAACCUCUUCUUACCCAAUCAAAAAUUGUUGGUGGUUAUACAGCUCGAACAAAUUCAUGGCCAUGGAUAGUUAGUAUUCGUCAAUUAUCAUCAAAUGCAUCAUCAUCAACAAGUCCUGGUAGUGCUUUUUGUGGUGGAACGCUAAUUAGUGAUAGAUAUGUAGUAACAGCUGCUCAUUGUUUUUAUAACAUUAAACCAUCACAAUAUCCAUUGUAUUUUGUUGUCGUUGGUGCUCAAUAUAGAAAUGAUACGAAUCCAGUUCGUUUAACAAUUAAAUCUGUUAUAAUACAUAGUAAAUAUGAUCCAAGUACAUAUGAAAAUGAUAUUACUCUAUUAGAACUUACAUAUCGAGUUGAUUUAAGUGAUCCAAAAAUUGGAUUUAUUUGUUUACCACCCAGUAAUAUACUGACAUAUCCAGAUGCAUCAAUAAAUGCAACUGCAAUUGGUUGGGGAAAAUUGCAGCAAAGUGGUUCAUCAUCGUAUACUCUUCAACAAGUUCAACUACCAAUUAUUGAUUAUACAAAUCAAUAUUGUUUUAGUGCUGUAUAUGAUAGUUCAGUUCAAUUUUGUGCAGGUUUUAUUCAAGGUGGAAAAGAUACUUGUCAAGGCGAUAGUGGUGGACCAUUGAUGGUUUAUAAUUCAAAUAGUGAUACAUGGAAUCUUGCAGGAAUAACAUCAUAUGGAUCUGGUUGUGCAGUAGCAGAGAAUCCUGGUGUAUAUACUCGAGUGAGUAUGUUUGUAGAUUGGAUUAAUGGUUAUACAAGUGGUUCAAACUCUCAAUCAAAAGCAUCGAUCAACUUAAUACCGAAUGAAGUUUUACUCUUUUUAUGUUGUAUGAGUUUGUUUUUCUUGAAAACAACUUUUUUAUAUUUAAAAUAUUAA